ACAGAAACCCCAUUAGCCCAUCACGACACCACGCUCGCGUCGCUCUCUAGGCUGUACUCGCUCGCAUUGGCUGCCGCAGAAGGAGGACGGAAGCGGCGGCGGCGGCGCCGCGGCGGCCAGCGGCGCAGCGACACGUAGCCUCCCCAUCGGUCCUCCCCGGUUCUCCCCCUCGCCCCCUUGGGCCAGCGCCCCUGCACGGCCGCGCGACCUGCGCCCAGCCGGCCAGCCCUAGCGGCCGACGCCGGGAGGCAGCGGCGACGCCGCGACGCUGGGGUUUUCUUUAGGCUGCAGCAGAGCAGCAGCACCCGCCGGCGGUCCGGCCCUUCCCCUAGGCCCCCCUCCGGCCCUCCCAGUCUCAGCUCGAGCUCCGACUUGAAGGUCGAAGAAAGUGCAGUGUUCUCUCUUGUGAUCCCCUGAGUGGACCUUUGAUUGAAGUGAACUGAGGACUUUACACAUUGGCUCAUGCAUGCACAUACAUCUUCAGGCUAAAGGAAAUGGAGAGUUCCAGUUCUGGUUCUUGUGGCCAGGGUACAUUGUAUCACUGGCUUGUGCUGUUUGCAGUUUGGCUUUGUGGCACCCAGCAUGUUCUGUCUCAGAAAACAACACUUGAACCAAAAGAUAAAUUCCUUCUGUCUGAUCCACCUAUUGGCCUCUUUGAUCCCAUAGAGAUUUCACCAUCUGUUCUUCCACACAAUCCUAACCCUGUUGAGCCACUGUCACCUAUGUAUCCAAAUUACACAUCCUAUGAUCCAGUCUUGACUGGAAAAUGCCAUGUAAAUUUUUCUGCACUCUCUUAUGUCAUGGAGAAGACAGCAUAUGAUUGCUCCAUUCCUUUAGCACCACUAGUUGCUGAUGUUAUAUGUUGCCCCCAAGUUAAUAGCUUGAUGAAUAUUUUCCAAGCUGCAUAUGGCAGUGGAAACAAUACCCUAGUUCUCAACCAGGCUUCAGCAAAUGCUUGUUUCUCUGACAUUGUGAACAUCCUUGCAAGCAAAGGGGCAAACACCAACAUCCCUGAGUUAUGUACUCUGAGGCCAUCAAAUCUUACUGAUGCUUCUUGUCCUGUGAAGGAUGUUAGCUCCUUUGAGAAAAUAGUCAACACCAGUAAACUCCUAGAUGCAUGCAGCAGUGUUGACCCACUGAAAGAGUGUUGUAGGCCAGUUUGCCAACCUGCUAUAGCAGAAGCAGCUAUUCACAUAUCUUCAGGUGGAGCUAACACGUUUGGAAGUUCUAGCAUGCCAGGGAGCGCUGUUGGGAUUGAUGUUGUUAGUGACUGUAAAGGGGUAGUUCACUCCUGGUUAUCUAUGAAGCUUUCAUCAGAGGAAGCUAAUAGUGCUUUCAGAGUAUUAUCUGGUUGUAAGGUGAACAAAGUUUGUCCAUUGGAGUUUGAUGAACCUUCCUCAGUCGUUAAGGCAUGUGGCAAGGCAUCAUCUUCAACGCCUUCAUGCUGCGCAGCAUUGCACUCUUACAUCGGAACUAGGCAGAAACAGAUAUUUGUCACAAACCUGCAAGCAAUUAAUUGCGCAACAAAGUUUGGAUCAAUGCUACAGAAAGCUGGUGUGGUGGAUGAUAUUUAUGGGCUUUGUGACAUUGACUUGAAAGAUUUCAGCUUGCAAGCUUUUGGACAGCAAGGCUGUCUACUUCGGAGCUUACCUACAGAUAUUGUGUUUGACAACACUACUGGCAUUAGCUUUACAUGCGAUUUGAGUGACAAUAUUGCAGCACCAUGGCCCUCCUCAUCUUCUGUCCAAUCAUUGUCACUUUGUGCUCCAGAAAUGUCGCUGCCUGCUUUGCCUGUCUCACCGAAAUCAGAAAGCUCAGGGCCCUCCAGAACUGGGAUUGGUGUUUUGUUGCCGCUUGUAUUCCUCACGACGACCAUCACUAUCUGAGGAAUACUUCAUCUAGUGAGCCAGAAGCUUCUUUAUCGCCUGUUGUAUUUUUCCCUUCUGUGCAGGCCCGCAUGUAAAUUGUAUGAAUUACAUUCUUGUAAAUGAGCCUUCCCCUGUCUCUUUUUGGUCCAGUGGAUAGAUCCUAUAACUGUUGUGUUAGAGUGGACUGUUGUACCAUUUUGGAGUAAGCUAGGUCUGGAGCUUCACCAGAGAUGAGCUCUAUCCCUGAAGGCGUUCAUGUAUGUGUUGCUAACGAUUUGUUAGCAUCUGAGUAAUGGAAUCCACCCAGUUUCAAAAAAAAAAAA